AUCUUCUGCGGGGCGUGACCUGUCCAUGCUGGGCGGGGCCUUCGUCCCUGAGGCGGGGCCUGAGCGUCCUUGCACAGCUCCGGUUGUUGCAGACCGAAGGGCGGGCUAGGGUCUGAGGAAGACAUCUGGACGCAUCCGAGAUACUUUUUCCAUUUAGGCUCUGGAGACACCAGCCUCUGAGACAAAAAUUAUCUACAAACUAUGGAUAGUACAACUUCACCUGAUGUGAAAGAGCACCCUGAAACUGAAGUGCAGAAGAAUCGAGUACUAACUCUGGAAGAAUGGCAAGACAAGUGGGUGACCCAUAACACCGGAUUUCACCAGGAACAAGGGCAUCAGCUAUUAAAGAAGCAUUUGGAUACAUUUCUUAAAGGCCAGCAUGGACUGAGAGUGUUUUUCCCACUCUGUGGAAAAGCAGUUGAGAUGAAAUGGUUUGCAGACCAGGGCCACACUGUAGUUGGUGUAGAAAUCAGUGAAAUUGGGAUUCGGGAAUUUUUUGCAGAACAGAAUCUUUCGUACACAGAGGAACCACUCAAUGAAAUUGCUGGUGCCAAGGUAUUUAAGAGCUCUUCGGGGAGCAUUUCAUUGUACUGCUGUAACCUGUUUGAUCUUCCCAGAGUGGAUAUUGGCAAGUUUGACAGGAUUUGGGAUAGAGGAUCAUUAGUGGCUAUCAAUCCAGGUGACCAUGACCGCUAUGCAGAUAUUAUACUGUCCCUACUGAGAAAAGAGUUUCAGUACUUCGUGGCUGUCCUUUCUUAUGAUCCAACGAAAUAUGCAGGCCCACCAUUUUAUGUUCCAGAUGCUGAACUUAAAAGGUUAUUUGGUACAAAAUGCAACAUUCGUUGCCUUGAAGAAGUUAAUACUUUUGAAGAACGACAUAAAACCUGGGGAAUUGACUACAUUUUUGAAAAAUUGUAUCUCCUUACAGAAAAGUAAAAAACAGCUGGUGAUGAUGGCGCAGGCCUUUAAUCCCAGCACUCGGGAGGCAGGGGCAGGCGGAUCUCUGUGAGUUCAAGGCCAGCCU